CCCGCGAAGCUGGUACGUUUUCUCCACAAGAAAUAUUUAAAUAAUAUAAACAAUAAAUAUGGAUAUUGGCUGUAUGUCUAAAGAAAAUAAUCAAAUAUACACCCCAUCUAAUUAACUAUACGUUGUAGGGGAGACCUCAGGUGUUUUAAUACACUUUUGAGCCGCCCACCGAGCAGCUUUCUUGUGCGGGAGUGUGGUAAAUUUACAGUUAGUUGCGCAAAGUGCGUGUGUUAAAAAUAGCGGAAAAAGACGCUGGAGAAAAAAAUAUAAACGAAAUUCCAAUUUAUCGUGCUGCCAGGAAAGGGAAUAAAUAAAUGCCAAGGCGAAAUGCAAAUUUAUCGGUUCGGGCCAUUUAAAAAGCCGCAUCCUGGAAAAGUGUCAGUCCUCUGGCUGCUCCUGCUGGCCAAGUUUUUCCAUCCAGGAGUUGCGCUGGCAACGGCUAAAAAACAGCCACAAAAGCAAUAAACACAAGGGAGGCUUCGUCCAAGUCGAAAUUGUUAGAAUUUUGCUCUUUUUAAAAAUAAAGAAAACGAAAACCAACAUCGCCAGACAGACAGUCCACACAAAUACACAAAAUUUCGCCGGCACUAAAACUGAAAGUGGCUGUAUCCCCCUUUUGAUGAGCAGCCAACAGAGAUUUCCGUCAUCCGGCCAAAUGGCGAGGAGGAGUUCCACGCUCCAGGUUUCUAACGCUACGAAUAGCUCUGUAAAAUAGCUCGUUGCGUAGCAGCCCGUACGCCCCAUUGUCGUCCGUCCCGCCCUGGCCCGCCCCCCCGCCUCCGUCCCACCCCUUCCGGUCCGCUCUGCGUGAAAGCAAAUCAGAAAUCGAGGCAAACGGAGUAAAAAAUGAAUAAGUCAAAACCGCAAAAUCAGUAAAACGCUCGCGAAGCACACACACACACAGUGAGUGGUGAGCUGGGUUCACGGAGGAAGCCCGGCGUAGAAUAAAAUAUCGAAUGAAAUUAAAAUACCAGAGACCCCAUAGAACCCGAAAGAAAUCCGCAGCAGCAGCAGCAGCGGAAAUUGCAGUUGCAGCAGCAGCAGUAAAGGCAACUCAAGUUGUACCGAGAUCCUGCAAAUAGAAUGAAGUUCAACUACAUUGGUCUCGGCACGCACAGCGGAAUCGUCAACGGUGGCAGCGGGAGCGGCGGGAGCAGCACCAUCGGCAGCAAGAUGUCGCUGGGCAAGUCCAUCAAAAUGUACCUGACCAUUUUCAUAGCCACCACCUGCAUCUACAUGGUGCUGUACCAGUACCACAUAUCCCGCGAACCCUUUGCCGCCGGCGAGGUAGUCAAGCACCAAGAGAAAUCAUCGUCAUAUAUCGCCUCAUAUUUGUGGUCACCCAUUUCCCUGCUACUGGCCAAUAGCUCCUCCAACAACAAUAACAAUUCCACACCAACAACCACAACAACAUCAACUACAGCUACAACAAUAAGAACAACAACAACAGCGGCCACAGUGGGCAGUGCGGGCGAAAAAGUGGGUGCAUCAUCCACCUCCCUUCAGACGGUUUCAUUAGCUGCCCCCAAGCCCACACUCCACACAUCCUAUGGAACGGCUCUGCUGAGAUCAGGAUCCGUGGGUGGCCAUCGUAAGACUGCAACUACCAAACAAAGCAUUACGCGAACAGCAACUAAACUAACAACAACGGCAACAACUAUGGCCAAAACAAGCGCCAAACAGUCCGCACAGACGGCCACGCCCGCCACGACCGCCCUCUCGGAACACGCCCACAAGACUCGACCAACAUUCGUUGCCGCCUCCGAGCCCCCGCCCCUGUACAUAAUCACGCCCACCUACCGACGACCCGAGCAACUGGCGGAGCUGACCCGGCUGGGCUACACGCUGAAGCAUGUGGUGAAUCUGCUCUGGCUGGUCAUUGAGGAUGCCAACCACACGAAUCCAUUGGUGGCCCACACGCUAGACAGAAUCGGAGUUCCCUAUGAGUAUAUGGUGGCUCCCAUGCCGGAGAAAUACAAGCAAACGAAGCGAGCGAAGCCGCGCGGUGUCUCCAAUAGGAAUCGAGGCCUCGAGUAUCUGCGCCACCACGCCAACGAGGGCGUGCUCUACUUUGCCGACGACGACAACACCUACGAUAUUAGCAUAUUCGAGCAGAUGCGCUACAUCAGCAAGGUGGGCAUGUGGCCCGUGGGUUUGGUGACCAAGACCGGAGUAAGCAGUCCCAUUAUCCAGGAGGGAAAACUGGUGGGCUACUAUGACGGCUGGAUUGGUGGGCGCAAGUAUCCUGUAGAUAUGGCAGGCUUUGCGGUCAGCGUCAAGUUCUUGAAGGAGCGCCCCAAUGCCCAGAUGCCCUUUAAGCCGGGCUACGAGGAGGAUGGCUUCCUGCGUAGCCUGGCGCCGCUGGACAACACGGACAUUGAGCUGCUGGCCGACGAGUGCAGAGAUAUUCUCACGUGGCACACGCAAACCAAAAAGAAUGCCCCAGCGCAGGCGCUGAACAGGACGCGUUACAAGAACACCAACCUGGAGCACAUAGACAAGCUGCUGGUGCGCCCAUAGGGAUAAUGUCUUUAGUUAGCUAAAGCUAGUUAGGCUUAGUCGGGGGAUAUGCCCAUCCCCAUCUCAACCGUGGCUCAGACAGGUUGUACAGGUACAACCUGGGGCAAACGGAGCAACCAAUCAGAUUUAAUCAGAUCAGCGGUAGUCGGUGUACAUUAUUACCCAAAUCAUACGAGUAGUUAGGCUCUAAGCGCACAAUCUUCUACGAUAAUUGCAAUUACGCGCACCUUACGCUUGUUUGACCCCAUACACGUAAUCACGCCUAAUCGUAUCCUAAGCAAACGUAUUGUAUCAUAUCGCAACGUCCUCGACUAGUUUGUACAUAAUCGCAAUGCACUAAGUUUGUUUGAAACGGAUUUCUCAGCCGCAAAAGUGAGCUCCAGCAACGAAUUGGUUAAGAUGUUCCUAGAGACCAAAGAAAAACUCCCAACUCACGUUCUGCAUUCCACAUUCCCCUUGGAGGUGUCCAUCAUCAUCAUCAUCAACGGCCAGGGCCGCGCGAGGUCAAGGCCUGAGUCACAUACAUCAACAAUCAAUUAGGGCAAGGUGUCAACGAAAACGUAUUUCCCCGAAUUGGGAGCCGGCGCCAACGCUUCAAUAAUUCAUGCCGACGUAUGGAUGUGGCACAGAUAUGUAUGCCGACGGGGGCCCCCUUUCCCCCAUUUGGGAAUCCAAAUCGCGUGAUGGACAGGUAUUGCAUGCCAUGCCAGGGGACACAGUUUAAACAAUGUAAUGGCUCCGUCUAAUGGAACUGGAUGAUGGCUCAAAAGUUUUGGCUAAAUCAAUGUUACGGCAAGCCGUGCGAUUUUCGUUGAACGAGAACUCCUUUGUAUGGCCAAAGAUCUACGACGUGUUAUUUCGGAAACGGGUUUCCAAGGCCACACCUCUUCAUAUUACGCCUAAGUACGCUAGGAUAGGUUAAUCACUAAAUUUAUAUUCAAGUUUUGAACUGCACUGAAGUCGCCUACAUGUAAAUAAUAAUCACCAAAAAAUAUUGUAACCAAAUUUUUACAAGUCCCGCUAAAGCAGGGCAGGAUCGCAGGGAGGGAAUGACAAAUGGUAUUACGAAAUUUAUACAAUUUAUACAAUUGAAUAUGGAAUAUAUAUGAAAGCAUACGGAAUAAGCCGCAAAGCAAUUAGUUAGGUACUUACAAAAUCUUACAAGAAAUAUUUAAAUAACAACAAAAUCUGGGCUGGAUUCCUACAAAAAAUCAACUUAAAACUUUUCCAAAAUAACUCGAAACGUUUCAAUGAAUACUAUUGAUACAGAAAUACGUCUACAACUAUUCUCUUAUUCAAGUAAAUUACAACAUACAAUGUUUAAGCCAGACAGUACUUGUAGCAAGGAACUUCAAUCAUUUUUCAAACAAAACUACAAAUACCUUUCAAUAAAUUGAUAAACAUUUCUUAACAAUUUUCAAAAUAA